AAAGAGAAGACUUUGCUUGGGGUGGGUGCCUUGAUAUGCGCCGGGGUUAGCGUUAUUGCAGCACAGUACUUCGUCCUGAACUAUAUAUAUUUAUUUAUUAAGGAAAAUUACAUACUCCAUAUAUAGGAGUAUAUACAUUUGCAUUCCAUCAGAAAAAUGUCCAUAUCUGCAGGUUUCUUUGCACUACCAUUAUUCACACUGGUCCUAGUAGUGGUGUCGGGGACAAAUGUGGCGGCCGGAAAUGCAGAUGCUCCCAGCAGUAGCUCGGAGUUCCGCGAGCACUUCCUCAAACCCCACAACACCGCUCGCUAUAACGUGAACAAGCGCUUUAGCGGCGGACGGGGCCCACUCGGGAAACUAAAAUGGAACACGACCGUGGCGGCCUACGCAGAAGAGUACGCUCGGAAAAUGUCCCGACCCGGAGUGGACUGCUCCGAGCUUGUCCACUCCGGCAGCGACAUUUACGGCGAGAACCUGGCUUGGUGCAGCGGCGAGAUGAGCCCGGAGGAGGCGGUGAAGAUGUGGGUGGAUGAGAAGAAAUACUACAGCUACAAUCAAAAUGCUUGCGCGGGUGGGCAGAUGUGUGGACAUUACACUCAGGUGGUUUGGCAGAAGACGAGGUUUGUGGGAUGCGCUAAGGCUCUGUGCAACAAGAACAAGCUGGAAAACACGUCUGCCACCUUCAUCACGUGUAAUUAUUAUCCUCCGGGCAAUUAUAUUGGAGAGAGGCCUUACUAAUUGCAGUUAUUAUCAAGGUUUUAAAUAGCCGUAGCAGUAGAUCACGGUAGCGGCCUGUAGCGGCAUGUAGCCGAGUGUAGCGGUUGCAGCGGCGUGAAAUAUUUUCAAUUGCGCAAAACAUAAAUGUAUUUUUUUCACAUCAUUCACACAACAUUUAAUUUUGAGUUUUACUCCA